UUUGCUGUCACACGCACAAAAAGACACAGAAAGACACAAGAAGACUGAAGGGGAUGAGACAUCUGAUGACAAGAAUAAGAGGGAUAACACUACCACUGGCUGAACUCUGAGGGCACUGAUCACUUGAAAGAUGGUGUGGAGUUAUGUGGGGCUCAGGGAAUGGACCAGCCUGUGUGCCCUGGUUCUUCUGUGCAUGGCACUACCAGGGUGCCAGGCUUUCCUGCCCAACUUCUGGUCCCGGGUGCUGACACUGUCUUGGGAUUCGUACACACAUCAGUAUAUGACUGAGAAGGCUAUACUUAAUGUUACCAUGGCGACACUGAGCAGUUUUCUGAGAAAAAAUCAUUACUCCAAAUCUCAGGAGCAGAUAGAAUUGGGUCAUAGGUUCUGGCAGGCUGUAAGGGAAGUGGUCCAGUCCAAUUCUGACAUGGACUUUCUGAGCUCCACACGUUCUGACCCGGUCUACCACUUCGACUCAGAACGUGUAGAAGGUGCAACAGAACUUUUGCGGGAAUUCUGGGCUCAAACAGUUCUGCUGACCAAAGCCAAAGAGUACCAGGGAGCUCGCAGCUGCCUUGGCCAGCUUCUCCACUCUCUGCAGGACUUCUACAGCCACAGUAACUGGGUAGAGAUGGGUCAGCGUUCAGAAUACCACCACCUGUUAGAUCCAAAGGAGCCAGGAGUGCCUGUAGCAUCAGAGGACAUGCCUACCUGUAUCGAUUGUCCCAGAGCAACCUGUUAUAAUAACCUCCUGGAGGAGCUGACCCUGGGUGAAAGGCGUCCAGUCCUGACUACUGGAUACUUCAGCGACUAUCCUGUCAAACCACAAGGAAAGUGCAGCCAUGGCGGUAUUCUGGACAGUAGCCAUCACCAGGAAGCCAAGGGUGGCAUAAACAAGGACAGCACCUCAUUCCUUUUCUCUCCUCACCACUACCUCCACAAAGAGGCUGCUCGUCUAGCUACCAUGGCAACCCUUACCGUGCUGAGAGACUUGCGAGACGUGGUGGGGCCAGAGAGAUUCCUCAGACUCUUCAGUGUGCAGCAGCCUCCAGCUCUAGUCUUCGUAAUGGAUACUACGGGCAGCAUGUUUGAGGAGAUCACUGCUGCCCGCAUGCGGGCCUUCUCCAUCAUUCAAGCUCGUGCCCAGGCCCAGAGCCAUGGCUCCAGCCUGCCUGGCACCUUCCUACUAGUGCCCUUUCAUGACCCAGCUGUGGGUCCAGUGUAUGAGACAGAUGACCCUGAUCAGUUCAUAAAAAAGCUGGAGGAUCUGACUGCUCUCGGAGGUGGAGAUGAGCCAGAGAUGUGUCUCUCUGCCAUACAGCUGGCCCUAACCAAUAGCCCACCACUGUCUGAGGUUUUUGUUUUUACCGACGCUUCUCCGAAAGACGAGCAUCUAUUUAAUGCAGUAAAGGCUCUUGCGCUGGAGAAACAGAGCAAGGUGACCUUCCUGCUGACAGUGGAUGAGAGACUCAGGAGGAAAAGAGAGACACUCUCACCUGAACGUUUCUCCUUGUACUCCUCUCUUUCCUCUGUGUCAGGUGGAAUGACCAUUUUUACCAGCAAAAAAGACAUACGUAAAGUGUCAGCCGUUGUCCAGGACAACACUGAGGCUAGUAAGGUUUCACUGCUCCAUGUGGACACUGAAUCAGACUCUCUUUCUUCUUAUUCCUUCAGCGUGGACAGAACAAUGAGAAAUGUCACACUCCAUCUCACCUCACAAUCAGAGCUCACUCACUGUGACAUCAGCAGCUCCAAGGGUACUGCUCAGUCUCUACUCAGCUCCUCAGGUCCAUUAGCAAAGCUGGAGAGCUAUCAGGGCCUCUACAGAAUCAGCCUGCUCCCUCCCAUUGAGCCAGGCCAAUGGCAGCUGACAAUCCGGGCUCAGGGAAAUAUCAAACUUAAUGUCAUAGGGGACAGCAGCCUGGACUUCCUGUAUUACUUUGCUGUAGAAUCAAAUGAAACCCAUCCAGGACUAGCCAGAGUAGAAGGAAGUCCUGUGGCAGGUGCACCAGUGUUCUUAGUGGUGGUUAUAACUGGCCUCUCUCACAAUGAGGGGGUCUCAUUCAGACAUGUGACACUGCUGGGGACCAAUGGAGAGAGCCUACAGCAGGUGUUCCUCAACUCUUCCUCUUCCUGGUGGUCUGGAGAGGAGUUGGUUGGCCACCUGGAUUCAGUACCCCGAAUGCCAUUCAGCUUGCGUCUGUCUGGCAGCGAUCGGAAGGGGAACAAACUGGACAGGGUUUCCACAGAGAUAAUUCAUCCCACGCAUGUACAAAUUCAGGUCCUUUCUGCUCCACACCUGUCUGCGGGUCAGACAAGCACUGUGGUCUUUGAGGUACAGAAUCAUGGCCCUGCAGGUCAUUUCAGUCUCUCUGCUAAGGAUGACUCAGGCUACCUUUCAAAGACUGACAUCUUCAGCUUGUCAAUCAAAGAGAGGGGGUCUGUGAGGCACGAGAUGGAGAUAAAAACUCCUAAAACUGCUCAGGCAGGGCAGGCCGUGACCUUAACUGUAACAGUCACUGCUAGUGACAACGCAGGCUUAAACUAUGCUGUAGUUCAUCUGACCGUGCUGCCAGAGGAACCUGACGCGUCUCCUCCGUCAUGUUCUACAAUGCGCGUGGAGAUGGCCUGUCCCCCAGUCUCAGGCCAUCAGUGCUCUCAGGGUAACUGGAGUGUCUCUCUAGCAGUGAGAGAUAGAGGAAACUCUGGCCUGGCCUCUAUACAGCUGUCCCAAGGCAUGGGCACCCUCACACUGCUAAAUGAAGAGAUGGGGGUUGUGACUGACCAACAGUGGAAUCACAAGAAAGGGGCAGAGCGAGGAAUUCCUAAGCAGAAGUUAGUGUACAACGAUCCCCCGCUGAAUUUGUCAUCGUGGGUGAGAGGGAAGUCCCUCAGGCUGCGUUACACAUCGGGCUGUUGCUCCCCUCGGGCCAAACUGCUGCUGCAGGAUGGGGCUGGGAACACACGGCGUUGCCUUCUCAUCUCCAGUCAGCAAAGGGUGAAGCAGGAGAGAAAUGUUACACCCAGCAGGGCUACACGCACUCUAACAGACCUGGUGUUGCUGGGUCUAGUGAUAUCCAGGACAGUAUGA